AUGAUUGAAACUGGCAGCGCGGACAACGCAACAGCUGUAACACCAGCGGCAAAUCCGGAAGUUUUACAAGACGACGACGACAUCGCUCGGCCAGAGGCGACGUUCCGUUUCACAGUUCAAAACAUAAGUCAGUUGAAGGAGCAAGUACUCUCACCUCCUUGCUUCGUGAGAUGUCUGCCUUGGAAAAUCCUCAUACUCCUGAGGCACACGACCACACCUGAACGCCAGCAACAAAAGGCGUUGGGGGUGUUCUUGCAGUGCAAUGGAGACUGUGAUUCUCCGGGCUGGUCGUGCUAUGGGCUAGGAGAGCUAAAACUCCUUUCGCACAAACCGGACGGUGGUCAAGCCCUCUGUCGAAAACUCCAUCAUAUGUAUCACUGUAAGGAAGACGACUGGGGUUUUGCCCACUUCAUAUCAUGGGACGAUCUUAUGGAUCCAGAAAAUGGUUUCAUAAAGGACGAUUCAAUCACUAUAGAAGCUCAUGUACUAGCUGAAGCUCCCCACGGUGUAUCAUGGGACUCGAAGAAGCACACGGGAUUUGUUGGGCUCAAAAACCAAGGAGCGACCUGCUAUAUGAACUCUCUUUUGCAAACCCUGUUUUUCACGAACGUGUUACGUAAAGCCGUUUACAAGAUCCCGACAGUCGGAGACGACAGUUCUAGGUCCGUCGCAUUUGCCCUACAGCGCGUGUUCUACGACCUUCAGUUUUCAGACAAACCUGUUGCUACCAAGAAACUGACGAAGAGUUUUGGCUGGGAGACAUUGGACUCUUUCAUGCAACAUGAUGUGCAGGAAUUCUUGCGGGUACUACUAGACAAGUUAGAAAACAAAAUGAAAGGCACGUUGGUAGAAGGAACUGUGCCAAAGUUGUUCGAGGUUUACGAAUCUUUCAAAGACUACAUCAGUACAGAGUUACUCGAAGGGGAAAAUAAAUAUGACGCCGGCGAACAUGGUCUCCAAGAGGCAGAGAAAGGAGUCAGAUUUGACGUGUUCCCGCCAGUCCUGCAUCUACACCUCAUGAGGUUCCAGUAUGACCCUCAGAGUGACGCCUCUGUCAAAUUUAAUGACAGGUUCGAAUUCUACGAAGAAGUGAACCUAGACCCGUAUCUUCAGGAGAUCCCAACGAUACCAGCGCAUUACACCCUCCAUGCAGUGCUGGUCCACUCAGGAGACAACCAUGGCGGACAUUAUGUGGUUUUCAUAAACCCUAGGGGAGAUGGAAAGUGGUGCAAAUUCGACGAUGACGUAGUAUCCCGGUGUAGUAAGCAAGAAGCCAUCGAGUAUAACUACGGAGGCAAGGAGGAUGCACCGCACCUCGCCCGGAGAGCCACCAGUGCAUACAUGCUCAUUUACAUACAGACAUCGCAACUAAAAUACGUGUUGCAAGACUGCACAGAAGGAGACAUACCUACCGACCUAUGCGAGCGCAUCAGCGAAGAGAUGCGAUACGAGAUGGUAAGGACAUGCGGCAGAAAAAUAAGAUGCAGAAAAUUUAAAUCUGAUACUUCAGUCACCUCCGCCAAGUACUACGCCAAGAUAUUCAGCGCACUAAAACAGUUCUUCACUUUGCAGGCCCUAGCCGGCUCUAAAUAUAAAGGAAGAUAA